AUGGGUGUUUGGGGGUGCGUUGUUUUGAGCGUUCUUUGUGGUUCUUCAGCCACAGCAUACAAGUUUGAUCAGGCCUACACCGAGGUCAACCUCAAUCAAAACCAGACUGCCAUCGAUCCUCUAGACUUCUGGGGAGAAUGGACAGGCCACAACUUUACUGCUUCGCCAGACAACUGGAGGUUCCCAUUCUACACCCUCUUCCUCGACCGUUUCGUCAAUGGCGAUCCUUACAACGACAACUACAACAACAGCGCCUUCGAACGUGUCACCGACUCCAAUCAAAUGCGACAUGGUGGCGACCUUCAAGGUCUUGUCGAUACGCUCGAUUACAUACAAGGAAUGGGAGUCAAAGGUCUAUACAUUGCUGGCUCUCCAUUCAUGAAUGCGCCAUGGCAAUACGAUUCCUACUCGCCGCUCGAUCUCACCCUUCUCGAUCCUCACUUUGGCUCCCUCGACAUGUGGAGAGUUGCCGUCGAUGAGAUUCAUGCACGUGGAAUGUAUGUCGUGCUUGACAAUACGUUCGCGACGCUUGGCGACCUGAUUGGCUUUGAAGGGUACCUCAACACGACUACUCCAUUCACACUUCAAGAGCAUCGCGUGCUGUGGAAGUCAAAUCGUCACUAUUGGGACUUUGACAUCGGCAACGAGUACACGGAGAAUUGCACAUAUCCGCGCUUCUGGAACGAGACCGGUUUCCCCAUCGACCAAGAGAUCAAGGACCAGAUGAAGGGAUGCUACAUGUCGGAGUUCGAUCAGUAUGGAGAUACGGAGGCAUUCGGUGUCUAUCCGGAUUGGCGCCGUCAACUUUCAAAGUUCGCCUCGGUGCAAGAUCGUCUCCGUGAGUGGCAGCCUUCCGUUCGAGCUAAGCUGGAGCACUUCUACUGCAUGGCCAUCGCCCAGCUUGACAUUGAUGGCUUCCGUUAUGACAAGGCUGUUCAGGCCACUGUCGACGCGAUGGCAGAUAUGAGUGCUGCGACGAGAACAUGCGCGAGAAGAUAUGGCAAGGAGAACUUCUUCUUGCCGGGCGAAGUCACUGGUGGAAACUCGUUCGGCUCAAUCUACAUCGGUCGUGGACGACAGCCAGACCAGGUGCCUGACAACAUCACGCAAGCCGUCCAGCUCACACGCGAUUCGCCUGAUGACUACUUUGUCCGCGGCAAAGACCAGGUCGCCCUCGAUGGCGCGGCUUUCCACUACACUACCUACCGCUCUCUGACUAGAUUUCUCGGUAUGGAUGGUAAUCUCGAAGCUGGUUACGAUGGACCGCGGAAUUGGAUCGAUCAGUGGAACACGUUCCUGCUCACCAACGACAUGAUCAACGCGAACACCGGUGUCUUUGAUCCGCGCCACAUGUAUGGAGUCACUAACCAGGAUGUCUUCCGCUGGCCGGCAAUUGAGCGCGGUGUUGAGCGUCAAUUGCUGGGUCACUUCAUCACCAUUCUGCUGAUGCCUGGCAUUCCGAAGCUACUGUGGGGCGAGGAGCAGACCUUCCACGUCCUGGACAGCACGAAUGACAAUUACAUCUUCGGUCGACAGCCGAUGUCAACUCAGACCGCGUGGCAGACUCACGGCUGUUAUGCCCUCGACUCGAGCCAGUACUAUCAGAUGCCCUGGGAUCGAGCGCGGCAUGGAUGCAACGAUGACUCUGUCAGUGCCGAUCACCGCGACCCUUCUGCCCCUGUUCGAAAUAUCCUCCGCCAUUUCUUUCACCUUCGCGAAGCUUUCCCAGUUCUGAAUGAUGGAUUCUUCUUGCAGCAGCUGUCCAACCAGACCUGGGAGGUGUUUUAUGCGGGUUCCAGUGGCGUCCCGACUGAGACGGGGUUGUGGAGUGUGCUGCGAAAUAGCCUGCCAGCGAUCCAGAAUCUCACCAGCCCUCGGCACGGGAAUGGAACGCGAAACCAUCCACAGCCAGCGACUCCAGUAUGGCUGCUCUAUUCGAACCUGAACGCCAGCCAGACGUACCAAUUCGACUGCCGAGACAACGCGACUGACCUUAACUCGACAUCGUUGAUUUCACCCUUCCCCGGAGGUACAACCGUGAAGAACCUGAUCUAUCCUUAUGAUGAGCACACUCUGAUGAACGGCACCCAAUAUCUAGGCAUGGGGGGUUCCACCGAACCCAAUGGCUGUCUUAACAAGCUCGCUAUGAAGGCCUACGAUUUCCGUGCGUACGUUCCAAAGAGUCAGUGGGUUGGUCCAAAGCCUGUGAUCACCAAGUUCCUCCCCGGACAUGAUGCUCGCUUCCUUUCCAACAACACCGACACCUCGGGCAUAGAAGACAUCCGGCUAGCACUGGACUUCUCUUCAGAUAUGGAAUGCGACAGCAUCACCGAUAGCAUCAGCUUCAGCUCCAAGACCGAAACUGGCAUCUAUCCGUACAUUGACCGCGACAGUGUCAGAUGUGGUCAAGUCAAUGAAUCAGCAGAGACAUCCUGGGUGGCAGAGAUUCCUUCCAUGUUCUCGUGGUCGGCCACGAUCAGGAAUGUAUCGAACGGCAUUCAUCGCAUGACCGUCGAUCGACCACACGCAGUCCACAUGCCCCAGCAGCGUCACAACGUUACCACGGAGUCUCGCGAUCAUUUCUUAUUCCGCGUUGGACAAGAGAACAACCCUAUGGUCUUCACUCGAUCUGCAAAUUACUCCACGACUCUUCUCGCACAGAGCUCGCACGGCCAAAUCACACUCAACCACUCUGCGGCCGGCGCGGAUCUCUACCGAUACUCCACUGACUUUGCCGGUUGCUUCUCAGAGUGGACACCAUACCAAGGAGGCGUGGAGACAGUAUCUGCGCACCCCUGUGCCAAUGCAAACUCCAAGUCGUGGAAGGGCGAGCAUGUCCGCGUUGAAUACUUCAGCCGUCUCGGAGGCUCGAGCAGUCAUGUACAGCAGGGAGAUCUGCACAGCAAGCCUCGCAGAUUCCCGCACAUGUACCUCAAUGGUCCGUACAACGCAUACGGCUACGAUGCAGGUCUUGACAACAGAAUGAAGCUCACGGAUGAUUACACCUGGACAUUCAACUGGAAUCGUGAGUGGUCCAACGACGGGACAAUCGGCCAGAUCAAUGUCUGGGGAAUGGGACCAGAUGGCACUCCUGAUCAGCGCAUGGUGUUGGGUGAUAUUGAUGGUGACUCUGUUCUGGACCAGCUACCACCCUCAUCGCUCGCCAAACUCGUGCUCAACGUCACGGCUCCUCCAUCGAAGCCAUACCUGGCCUGGAGGCUCGUUGUAAAUGACGGCAACUUGCGCUUCCGCCUGGAUCCCACGGGCUCCAUGUGGUGGCAGCUCGCACUUUACGUGAUUCUCUGGGUCGCACCGCUCACCACAGCAGCACUAUCGACAUACAUCUUCGUCGGCAGCUUCUACAAGAUCAAGUUCAACAAGAUCGGGGUUUCCGAAAAGCUGGGACUUAUGGGUCUCAUCCCUGCUCCUCUUCGAAAGUACUUCCCGAAAGAGAGUGCGGAUGAACACAAGAGUCUGAUUACGAAGCUGAAGGACAGCUCUUCGAUCUUCACCAGAGGCUCCCAGAUCUGGUCUCGCAAGGGCGAGGAAUUCAUGAACCUCCCGGACACUCGUCGCACGGUGCUCAUCGCGACGAUGGAGUACGACAUUGAGGACUGGAACAUCAAGAUCAAGAUCGGAGGUUUGGGAGUCAUGGCUCAACUGAUGGGUAAGAAUCUUGAGCAUCAGGAUCUCAUCUGGGUCGUUCCUUGUGUUGGUGGCAUUGAGUAUCCUCAGGAUGAGCUGGCAAUGCCGAUGACAGUCGCUGUCAUGGGCAAGACGUACGACGUUAACGUCCAGUACCACAAGCUGCGCAACAUCACUUACGUCCUUCUCGACGCACCAAUCUUCCGACAACAAACCAAGGCUGAGCCAUACCCGGCACGAAUGGACGAUCUCGAUUCUGCCAUCUACUAUUCGGCGUGGAACCAGUGCGUAGCUCAAGCACUUGUUCGCUUCCCCAUUGAGUUGUACCACAUCAACGACUACCACGGCACCGUGGCGCCAUUAUACAUCUUGCCCAGGACCAUCCCCGUCUGUCUCUCGCUCCACAACGCAGAGUUUCAAGGACUCUGGCCGAUGCGGACGAGAAAGGAGCGAGACGAGGUUUGCUCUGUCUUCAACCUGCCGCCAAACGUCGUUUCCGAGUACGUACAAUAUGGCGAGAUCUUCAACCUGCUGCACGCUGGAGCCUCUUACUUGAGAAUCCACCAGGAAGGCUUCGGAGCUGUGGGUGUCUCGAAGAAAUACGGUGCUCGAGCAUACACCAGGUACCCAAUCUUCUGGGGUCUGAAGGAAGUCCAGGCACUUCAGAACCCGGAUCCUUCUGACACCGCAGUCUGGGACAAGAAGCUGCCUGACCAGAAGGACAUCCAUAUCGACGAAGACUUCGAGGAGAAGCGUCUCAACGAUCGUGUCCAAGCACAAGAAUGGGCCGGUCUCGAGCCGGAUCCGAAAGCUGAGCUUUUUGUCUUUGUCGGAAGAUGGUCCAUGCAAAAGGGAAUUGACUUGAUCGCAGACGCUUUCCCGGCAAUUCUCGAAGCGCAUCCAAACGCUCAGUUGAUCACUGUAGGACCUGUGAUUGACCUGUAUGGAAAGUUUGCCGCGCUGAAGUUCGACCGCCUGAUGGAGCUCUAUCCAAAGCGAGUGUGUUCGAAGCCAGUCUUUACCGCGUUGCCGCCUUUCAUCUUCUCUGGAGCCGAGUUCGCCCUGAUCCCAUCUCGUGACGAGCCCUUUGGCCUUGUCGCAGUGGAGUUUGGCAGAAAGGGUGCGCUCGGGGUUGGUGCAAGAGUUGGUGGCUUGGGUCAAAUGCCUGGCUGGUGGUAUACUGUCGAGAGUACCACCACUGCUCACUUGCUCCAUCAAUUCAAGGACGCCAUUCGUGGAGCCCUCAGCUCGCCCGUCAAGACCAGAGCCAUGAUGAGAGCCCGAUCGGCUAAGCAGCGUUUCCCAGUCCAGCAAUGGGUUGAGGAGCUCGAAGUUCUGCAGUCCACAUCAAUCCGUACCCAUGACAAAGUCGCUGCAGAGAAGAACUCCUGGUCCAGCUCCACGAUCACUCUGGUGCAUCCUCACCCGAGUAUACAUCCAACCCUCGGCUCUGGAGCAAGGCAUACACCCAGAGGAUCGAUGUAUGGUCCGAGCAGUCACGUAUCCUGGGAUGGAAGCCAAAGCGAGCAGAUCCUUGACGACGACGAAAUCAUCGUUGGAGACCGAGAGCCACUUCCUCCGAUGGCCACCGAUAUCGUUCGGGAGUACAGAGAGUCAAGUCAUCCUUUCCCAAGCCUGCGCCAGAUGAUUAACGACGACAAUCGUUCCGAAUGCUCCGUUCAUACACCGCGCUGCGUCUCGCCGAUCCAGCCCGAAGACUGUUCUGAGCCUUCAUCGCCGGGCCUCUCGAAGCCAGCCAGGACUCGAUCAAGCAUGGCUCUUCCGCAAAACAACCGUGCCAGCACGGUCAACUUCUCCACGGCCCGCACGAGUAUCAUUCCACGAACAGUGUCUGGGCUUUCAAUGCAAAACAUCGUGGGCGAGAAGACGGACUUCAAUCUCCAAAAAGUCGACCCUUUCUUCACCGACACCAAUGGCCAUUUCUACCGAGCAUUCGGGCGCAAACUCGGAACCCUGGACGCCAGCAACUCCGAAUCAAGCAACUGCAUCGAAGAAUUCCUGGUCAAAUCUGAGAAGGAAUGGUUCACUGAGUUCCGAAAUGCCAAACUCGGUAUGCUCAAGCGUGACGGUGCUACGACUCGUCCUGAAUCCAUCGCCCCUUCGGAGCCAGCGACUGCGGACAAUGCGUCCGCAAAGUCGGAAAUCCACGUCGCUGACUUCUACCUUGGUGAUGAAUACAAGCCUCCCACAGGCCUUCGCAAAUGGAUGCAAGUUCGUGUUGGUGCUUGGCCGCUUUAUGCAUACUUCAUGGCUCUCGGCCAGAUCAUUGCAGCCAACAGCUACCAGAUCACCCUCCUGACGGGUGAGGUCGGUCAAAGUGCAACGAAACUCUACGUUGUAGCCUCGAUUUACCUGGUCGCCUCGUCCAUCUGGUGGCUCUGCUUCCGACGCUGCGCCUCUCACGUUUCCCUCUCGCUGCCAUUCCUCUUCUACGGACUGGCAUUCUUCUUCGUCGGCAUCGCUCACUUCGCGCCCACGAUGGAUGGGAGAGGUUGGGUUCAAAACUUGGGCACCGCAUUCUACACCGUUGCUUCCGCUUCCGGUGCUCUGUUCUUCGCACUGAAUUUCGGAGACGAAGGCGGCGCUCCGGUGAAAUCCUGGGUCUUCAGAGCCUGCGUCAUCCAAGGCUCGCAGCAACUAUACGUCGUUGCACUUUGGUACUGGGGCAGCUUUCUGUCCCGUCAACGAGCGUUGGGCUUCCAAGCAAGCCAGGACUCGGUCGUGGGCACUUGGAAAGCUACUGCCAUCACCCUCCCAAUCGCAGGCUUCCUCGGGGCGAUCUGUCUCAUCAUGUGGCUAGGUCUUCCAUCAUACUACCGCCAAGCUCCUGGCAAAAUGCCCAGCUUCUACAAGUCCAUCGCUCGCCGCAAGGUCGUGCUCUGGUUCUUCGUCACCGCGGUAGUGCAAAACUUCUUCCUCUCCGCCCCGUACGGACGCAACUGGUCUUUCCUCUUCAGCAGCAUCCACACACCAGCCUGGCACAUCCUCCUCCUCGUCCUCCUAUUCUUCAUCUUCAUCUGGGCCGCCUUCUGCGCACUCUUCGCACACUUGUCCAGAUCACACUCAUGGAUUCUACCACUCUUCGCCAUCGGCCUCGGCGCUCCUCGAUGGGCGCAAAUCUGGUGGGCUACAUCAAACAUCGGUCUCUGGCUCCCUUGGGCUCCCGGCAGCGUUGACACCGGAGCCAUCUACAUCUCCAGCGCCUUGCUUUCCCGAUCUCUUUGGCUCUGGCUCGGCGUGCUCGACUCUAUCCAUGGCGUCGGUAUCGGCAUGAUCAUGCUGGGAACUUUGACGAGAAACCAUGUCGCUUUCGCCCUCACCGCCGCUCAGGUCCUCGGUUCCAUGGCCACCAUCCUCGGCCGCGCUGUCGCUCCCAACAGACUGGGCCCCGGACCCAUUUCUCCAGACAUCGGUGGUGGUCUCGCCGCUCUGUGGAGUGCAUGGUUUUGGAUUGCUUUGAUCGCGAAUUUGGCGCUUUGUGUUGGUUUCUACAAGUUUUAUAGGAAGGAACAGCUGCAGAAGCCGUAA